UAAUGCAAAUUGCAGAUUGUGAGGUUUGAAUGAGAGAGGUGUGAAGAGGAAGAGGAAGAGGAAGAAGAGAUAUCAUGGGUGUGACGAUUCCGACCGUGGCCUUGAGCAGCAGUGGGCAGUCGAUGCCGGUGGUUGGGAUGGGAACGAUGUCGAUGACCGGGCCAGAGGUAACGAGAGCUGCUGUGGUGGAGGCGAUCAGGGCCGGGUACCGUCAUUUCGACACGUCGUACUCGUACCGGUCGGAGCAACCACUUGGGGAGGCCAUAAGGGAGGCUUUGGAGCUUGGCCUUAUAGAGUCACGAGGCGAGCUCUUCAUAACUUCUAAGCUGGCCUGUGGUUUUGCUGACCCUCCCCUUGUUCUGGAUGGGAUUAAGGCCAGUCUCAGGAAUUUGGAAUUGGAGUAUCUUGAUAUGUACUUGAUCCACAUCCCAUUGAAGUUGAAUCCUCAAGUGCGUCAAGUGCCAGUGGCAAAGGAAGACAUCUCUGCAAUUGAUCUCAAAGGAGUUUGGGAGAAGAUGGAAGAAUGCCAAACCCUUGGCCUCACCAAAGCCAUUGGUGUUAGUAAUUUCUCCCCCAAAAAGCUUGAGGAGCUUCUUUCCUUUGCCAAAAUCCCCCCGACACUCGAUCAAGUGGAGAUGAGCCCACUUUGGCAUCAGAGUAAACUGAGGGAGUUUUGUAAAGGAAAGGGCAUUCAUGUAACUGCCUAUUCUCCUCUGGGUGCAGUUGGGACAAUGUGGGGCCAUAGUAACAUUGUGGAGUCUGAUGUUAUAGCUCAAAUUGCCAAGGCUAAGGGAAAAACAACUGCUCAGAUUGCAUUGAGAUGGGUGUAUGAGCAAGGGGUGAGCAUAGUGGCAAAGAGCUUCGACAAAGAGAGAAUGAGGCAGAACAUUGACAUCUUCGAUUGGUCAUUGAGUGAUGAAGAAUCAGCUAAGAUUGCCCAACUUCCUCAGCAAAAAGCAGUUGUUUUUGCCAAUGUUUAUGGCCACCAUGAUGUGGUACUUGAUCUUGAUGCUGGGCUUUGAAUCUCUUUACUAAUCUUCAUUUCCUUUGCCUUCCAUAUACUAUAAUAAUAAUGUGUUCUUCCCUUUCCUUAGCUUAGCUUGUAGAACUAUAAAGGAUUGUAUUGCCGGCCUAAAGGGGCUAUGGAGAUCUAUCUAGUUUGAUGGUUUUGAUUCUAAUAUGUAAUGAUGGUUAACAUCGUUA